GCACAACGCCGCAGCUGAUUGUGUUUUUGCUGAACUGCCAACCUGUUGUAGUUCUGCGUUAACCAGCACUGUCACACAUGUGAGAGUGAAAUAUGAAAAUGGUUCAACCUUCGCGGCAGCAAAUUUUGCGUUUAUACAAGCAUUUAAUUCGUUACGGCAAUCACCUAAAGCUGACCGACAAGAACUACUUUCUGGGAAGAGUUCGCCACGAGUUUCGGGACAACCGUUCCCUUACGAAUCCCGUGGAAGUGGAAUUCAGCUUUAAGCGCGGAGAGACCCUGCUAAAGAAGGGACGCAUUCUGUAGGAAUGCUGCGAGGUCUGGUGCGAUUCCUGGCGCUGCCUCCGACCGCUGUGCGCUGCAAGUCCAAUCUGGACUACUCCCGCUUUCCCGUGCUUCAGGAGUCGGAUAUCGAGGAGACCUUCAUGCGCGGCAGUGGUCCUGGUGGCCAGGCUGUCAACAAGACAUCCAACUGCGUGUUCUUGCGCCAUCUACCCACCAAUAUAACGGUCAAGUGUCACACACAUCGUCUAGCAUCAAAGAAUCGAGUGGAGGCUCGUAAACUUCUACUGGAAAAACUGGACGUGCAUCUAAACGGAGAGCAUUCAAUUGCCGCGCAAGUCAAGGCACAAGAGCAGAGAAAGUCCACUGAGCGGCGGCGGCGACAGGAAAAGCUGCAAGAAAUGAAGAAAAGCUGGCAGGAUAGAGAGCGCACAGAUGGGGGAACCAAAUCUACCGAUAAAGAGUGAUAACUUUUACUUCU